AUGAAUACAUUGAACUGGUUUGCUUCUCAGGGCACAUCGUAUGUCCGACAGCUUAAACAGUAUUUCAAGGAUCUGGAUGCCCUUAACCCGGCGCGACACCAGGAUGCAUUUCUUUCUGCACCGUGGACGAAUAGCGGCGCAACGGCUAGUACAGGGCUAUCCACCUCGUCUUUGCUCAUGAUAUCUAAUACAACAGAGAAUACGCCAAACGUGACGCCGGGUGAAGUGCCUAUGCGGGGAGGUAUUUUGGAGGAAGCGGGAGAAUCUGUUCUUUCCUCGCGGGCUUCAUACAGUGCGGAUCAAGAGGUGAGGGAGGAUGCAAGUAAGCGCUUUAAGAUUCUAUGUGAAGUUAUUGAGACGGAGCAGACCUACGUGACAGGACUCAAUGAACUGAUGGAUAUUUAUGUUCGUCGUGCGCGUCAUUCAACAGACCCUUCAGGGGACGAUCGCGUAUUGCCUUUGAGCAUGGAACGUCGAAUCUUUGGACAUGUGGAAGGCAUUGUACAGUUCCAUCGUGAUGCCUUUUUACCGUCUUUGCUAGAAGCUACGAAGCCGCUGUGGUCCAUGCAUACGACGGACCCAACAUUGUAUGCGAAGCAAACGGCUCAAGUGGCCGUAGAUGUGGGCAAUGUUUUCUCGCAACAUGCUGCCUAUUUCAAAAUGUACAUGAACUAUGUGAAUCAGUACGAUUCCUCUGUUCAAGCCAUUUCGCGUUGGUCGGAACCUACCCUGACGCGAACACGUCAAGCCCUCCGAACGCCGAGCGCCUCGUUCAGUAACAUCGGGCAACGGUUACUGAAUUCCGACACGAGUCAAUCCGAUGACCGCAUUGAGGACUCAUCACACCUAUCCAACUCGGAUCUGCGCAAGUUCCAACACUACUUACGCAAAUGCCGCGAAGAUCCUCGCCAUUCACAAAUCAAUCUAGAAGGUUAUCUUUUGCUGCCAAUUCAGCGCAUUCCCCGGUAUCGUCUCUUACUGGAGCAGCUUGUCCGUUGCACAGGGCAUGAUAUGCUACCUGAUACAGACCAAGAGGCUUUAGCGCGCGCUUUGGCCCACAUUUCUCUUGUUGCUUCCUGGGUCAAUGAAGGAAAGCGCCAAUCCGAACAGGGCCGGCGUUUACUGCAAUGGCAAAGCAAGUUGCGUGGUACGUUUUCUGCUCCUUUGGUUCAGCCACAUCGGCGUUUAAUCUGUGACGGGCCUCUACGGCUUCGACGGGUGAGUAAGCGCGUUGGUCAAAGCAUGGAAACGGUCAACGACGAAGAUGUUCUUGAGCAAACAUCUUUGGAUAUGCCUAUUCAGUUAAUUUUGUGCAACGACCUAGCUGUGAUUGUGUCAUCGCCGCAAGCCGAAGACCUUACUCCUAGCCGUCGAUCUAGUCUGAAUGCAACGGACCCAGAUCUUGUGGAUGUUACCGCUGUGUUUAAACCGCAAGCGCAUACUUCACCACCGGGUACCGUGAAGGAUGCUCUUCUGCCUCCGGCAAGCCUCGUGGGACAGCUACAUUUGCGUGUUGUCGACUCUCGUCAUGUCUUCUACUUCACAGCAUCUUCACAUCGUGAAGCUGCGCGCUGGCGUGCAGUGAUAAAUGCACAACCAUUCUAA